AUGAGCGUUCAGGAUUACAAGGAGGGUUUGAUUUCCUCCGACAACGAUGUACAUCACGUUGGUACAGACGUCCAACAGAGUGGUCCAGGGACGCAGGCCACGCAAGAUGUGCCACGUAAAGGAUUCAGGGACAUUACCGUCAUCCAGACGAAUGACAUGAUGGGUGGCGACGAGGAGAUAAAGUUGACGAGUGAGUACUAUUGGCCGCAAAGUAAGAGGAGGAAGAAGAAGCAGCAGAAGGAAAGGCAAAAAUAUGACGACUGUGCCGUCUGCAUCCGCAGAAUCGUCCACAGGACGCCCAGAGGCGAUAUGGCCGGACGCACCGAGCUAGUCAUCCAAUCCAAACCUCUCUGUGCCGCCUUCAGAGAAAUUGUUGGCAACACGUACGACAGCAUCGACAUCAAUAGUACGCCAAUCAAGAUCCCGGCACCUUUUUACGAGCUCUUCUUCAAGAGAGACAUCAUUCGGACGUACGGGAGCGACUCAGGACCCUACGAAAAUCUUCGGGAUGAGUUCAAACACCUGGAUGAUUUCAUAAGCAACGACAAGUUGACAGUCAGAAAUCACCAAGAAUACGAGUCUUUGAUUGGCCAAAACAUGAUCAGCUGCGAAACCUUGUGGACGCUGUUUCCACCCAACGAACUUCUGAUACGGAACGACGGCGAAGCACCCGAAUGUUGGAUCUGCCGAGAUAUCGCCCAGGAUGGUUUGUAUUGGUCCAUCAGCGGAGUGCGGCUCGCCUUUGACGGGCGGAAGAUCGGCCUUACGAAGGAGCGAUACCCCAUUUCGUUCCAAGGUAGAGUCAACGGAACUAUGUACAUCUCGGACCUACCUCUAUUGCCGGUGCGCUACUUUCGUGGCUGGAACAACAUGAGGAAAAGGCUUGAGAAGAGAGGAGAAAAGUUCAAAGGUAUUAUGAGAAAAGACUUGGAUGGCCAUACCUACCGUCAUUAUCAAGGACCUCUGUGGGGAAUAUACGGUGUGUCAUCUGCCCCAACGUCAAAGAUAAACCAGCGGGUUGUAGUAGACUACAAGGGGUACCUUGACUACCAUGUCCACGAAGUAGUGAGGCUUGAGGAUCAAGGCCCAAUCAGGAGGUCUAAGAGUAAAACAGUUGAUUCGGACUCAGACUCCGAAGAUGACGACACCGGGGAUCCUUCCGACACUGCGUCUCCGGAGGAAGGCGAUGAAAACUCAGAUGAGGAUGUCUUCACGCAACUUUUGAAUAGGGUUUCCGAGAGGUAUGACAUGCGGGGUGGAAAAGAGGAGGACCUGCUGUUACUCUGUCCAGCCCGCAUCCCUGCGUACGCUCUCAAAGCCAAGGAAUGGGGCUGGGUGCUCCUCGAUGAACUUCAAGAAGUCUGUUCCAGCUCCGAUGCCUUUGACUCUCUGCAGGUCGACGCGGACACCAAAUCUCUCAUCAAAUCCUUAGUUCAUGGUCAUAGCGUCCAGACCGACGACUUUGAUGACGUUAUUCCUGGCAAGGGAAAGGGGCUGGUGCUGCUUUUAGGAGGGAAUCCUGGCAUUGGCAAGACUCUAACUGCAGAGAGUAUUUCUGAGCUCCACGGACGUCCGCUCUACAACGUCUCGGCAGGGGAGCUCAGUGUGAAUGUGACAAACGUUGAAAAAGGAUUACAGAAGAUAUUCCACCUGGGCAAGAGGUGGAAUGCCAUCAUCCUCUUAGAUGAGGCUGAUGUGGUCAUGUCAAAGCGAAGUAAUACUGAUUUGGAGAGAAAUGCCAUCGUUGCUGUAUGGCUAAGGAUGCUUGACUACUUCGAAGGUGUGCUCUUCCUCACGUCGAAUUUAACGGAAAACCUCGACACAGCGUUCCUCAGCCGUAUCCAUCUCAGAAUCGACCUUCCGGACCUAACCAAUGAGGAUCGCUCCGCGAUUUGGAAGAACAUCUUGAAAUUCAACACCAAAACAACGCAAGAAUCUUCAUGGACACCCGAGAUGCUCGCAGCUCUUGGAAAACUCAACGUCAAUGGGAGGGAGAUUAAAAAUCUUCUUGUGACAGCAAAUCGCCAUGCUUGUUCGUUUGGCGAGUCGUUGUCUCUAAAAUACCUAUACGACGUAGUCAAAGUGGAGCUGUCGCGUCUCGAAAACAUUCGCGAGGUUUUAAGUGAGCUGGAGCGCCUUUUACCCACGAACGAAACGACUUAG